AUGGAUAGGAAUGGCAAUGCAAGACACGGUGUUUCUCGAACUGAAUGUUCUUAUGGCUUCCCCUUCCACAAUGACUAUGACCCCUAUUGUCAUGGUAUGGAGAUGAAGCAUCAGGCAAUACUGUCAGAGACAGCACAAGGGUUAAAUAUUGGCCCUUCUAUGGAAAGGGACAGCCCAAGUAGCUAUGGCUGCAGUCAGGAGAAGAAGAAGAGAACAUUAACUAACAAUCAGUUGGAGUCGUUGGAGAGGAGCUUUCAGGAGGAAAUAAAGCUGGAACCAGAAAGGAAAAUGAAGCUCUCAAGAGAGCUUGGCCUGGAGCCUCGUCAAAUCGCUGUUUGGUUUCAAAACAGGCGAGCUCGCUGGAAAGCUAGGCAAAUCGAGCGCUCUUAUGAGGCCCUUAAACAUGACUAUGAUCACAUCUCUAAAGAAAAACAGAUGCUUCAAGAGGAGGUGAGAAAACUGAAGCGCUUCAUACGAGACAAUGUAGCUGGUGGGUCGAAGCAAGUAGCUAUGAUAAUCGGCGGAAACACUAAUUGUAUGAUCUCCGGAGAAGACAUGGCUGAAAGCACAUCAGACGCCAUGAAUAUUACUCGCAGCAACAAGUCACAAGGAACUAACAAUCAUCAGUGCAACCCCUUUUUCAAUGCGGAGGAAUACAACCCCGCCUCACCACCUUACUGGGGAUUUUUUCCUUGA